UCGCUUUCACUUCCUUCUGCGAGUGCGGCAGAUCUCCCGGUGCUAGGCGAUCAUGGCGCUGCUAGAGGUGUGCGGAGCCCCCCGAGGGCGGUCGGAGGACCGGGCUUUCCCCCUUUCGGGAAGACGGCAUUGCUCGGACCCAGGACACUACAGUUUCUCUAUGCGAUCUCCGGAACUCGCCCUCCCCAGGGGAAUGCAGCCCACUGAAUUCUUCCAGUCCCUGGGUCCGAACGGAGAAAGGAACGUUCAGAUUGAGAUGGCCCAUGGCACUACUACCCUCGCCUUCAAGUUCCAGCAUGGAGUGAUUGUGGCUGUGGAUUCUCGGGCCUCCGCCGGAAAUUACAUUGCCACCUUAAGGACGAAUAAGGUGAUUGAGAUUAACCCUUACCUGCUUGGCACCAUGUCUGGCUGUGCGGCAGACUGUCAGUACUGGGAGCGGCUGCUGGCGAAAGAGUGCAGGCUGUACUAUCUGCGAAAUGGGGAGCGGAUCUCAGUGUCAGCGGCCUCCAAACUGCUCUCCAACAUGAUGUGCCAGUACCGGGGCAUGGGCCUCUCCAUGGGCAGCAUGAUCUGUGGCUGGGACAAGAAGGGGCCUGGACUCUACUAUGUGAAUGAAAACGGGACUCGGCUCUCAGGAAGUAUGUUCUCCACUGGUAGUGGGAACACCCAUGCCUACGGGGUCAUGGAUAGUGGCUACCGGCCCAAUCUUAGCCCUGAAGAGGCCUAUGACCUGGGCCGCAGGGCUAUUGUCCAUGCCACCCACCGAGACAGCUAUUCUGGAGGCGUUGUCAAUAUGUACCACAUGAAGGAAGACGGUUGGGUGAAGGUGGAAAGUACAGAUGUCAGUUACUUGAUGUGCCAGUACCGGGAGGCCAGUCAGUAACAGUGGUAGCAGUGGCGGCUGGGCAGGUCUCCUCUGGGGAAGCCUGGCAGACUCUGGAACCUGAGCCAGCUACCCUCCGGGAGAAAGAGGACCCUAACCUGAGCCCAGAGACAGGGAACCUGUCUCCAGGGGGGUUGGAGCAGAGUGUAUUCUGUGUGUGCUCUCUGUUUCAAAGAGCAUCCCCACCCACCUCAACCAUCUGGGUGCCCCACUAAGCACAAUAAAGGAAAAACGGUUUAUAAAA